CUUACCUCCAUCGACUAAAUACGCUCCGGAAAGCCGUUUUGGGGUUUUUUUUUAGUCGGCGUCCGUUGCUCAGAUUGAACCGAAGACCCCUUGCAGACCAUUAGGAAACAUUACCGGAUAGAUGCUACUCGAGUGGAUGAUGAACGGACACGCCAUUCUUUACACCGGGGUCACUUUGGCCUUCUGGAGUACCAUACUAAUCGUCGGUAUUUGCUACACAAUAUUUGACCUUGGAUUUCGCUUUGAUGUGGCAUGGUUCCUGACAGAGACAUCUCCUUUUAUGUGGGCCAAUCUGGGAAUUGGCCUGGCCAUUUCUCUGUCUGUGGUGGGUGCUGCCUGGGGUAUCUACAUUACUGGCUCUAGCAUCAUCGGUGGCGGUGUCAAGGCUCCACGAAUUAAAACCAAGAACUUGGUCAGCAUCAUCUUCUGUGAAGCCGUAGCCAUCUAUGGCAUUAUCAUGGCCAUUGUUAUCAGCAACAUGGCUGAGAAUUUCCGUGGAAAUACCCCUGAAACUAUCGGAGCAAGGAACUACCAAGCUGGUUACUCCAUGUUCGGUGCUGGAUUGACUGUGGGCUUUUCCAACCUCUUCUGUGGCAUCUGUGUCGGCAUUGUGGGCAGUGGGGCGGCCCUGGCAGAUGCCCAGAAUGCCAGCCUCUUCGUGAAAAUCCUCAUCGUAGAAAUUUUCGGCAGUGCCAUCGGCCUGUUUGGUGUCAUCGUGGCCAUUCUGCAGACGUCGAAAGUAAAGAUGGGAGAUUAGAGUUCUCUGCAGGAUGAGACGAUGAGAAGAAGACGCCGUUGGAAAAUAAGAUGGAUUAUUGUGUACAUACAUCGUAAAUUAUUUAAAUGUCUUAUUUUGUCUGAUCAUUUUUAACCGUCGCUUGCUGAAGAGUGAAACACACGCACCCUUUUGUCUCGCCAGGUAUGUAAGUGUUUAGUAAGACAGCUGCAGAAAUUUCAGAGUCGCUACAUUUUUUUUUCUUGCACACCAGAACAACUUCUUGUGUCUUGCAUCAGUUCAUUUCAUACAUGACACAAACCUGUCUGAUCAUUCAGUGGCCUCCAUUGUCCUCCAGUUUUGCCUGAUGGAGUGAUUAGAACAAGCAGAAAUGUUAUUUGAUGGUUUUGGGAUCUUGGUAAACACCGUCUCACCCCUAUUUCAAAAUGGUGACCAGUGUAUUGCAAUGCAUGGGAGCCUGCAGACAUAGAGUAUGAUGACAGCGCUAUAAUGCUUCUGUACUGUUGUGCUCUUUCGCUAGACAACCAACAGUGGUGUUGCGUAUCGUUGAUAUGGUUCUUACUUUUUUUAUUUUAUUUUUUAAAGCAGAGGAAUCUGUGCCGUUUUUUCAUAAAUCAUUCAUGUUAUUAACUCAUUAGUUUCCUACCAGAAGGGCACAUCACGACUGAUGUGCCAGAUUUUUUUUUUUUUUUUUUUUUUUUGCUAACUAACUUCCGAACUGUAUGUGAAAAUCAUUGAAUGGGGGGGGGGGGCGAAGAUCCAGAAGGUAUUUUCCAUAACUCAUCUUACUGCAUUUUAGCAGUCUUAUGACAUUUCCAUCAGCUUAUCAGUUGUUUUUUCGUGCGAGGGAGGCACUCUUCUUCAUGUUCGACUGGUUAAAAAUGAGACUAAAGGAGUAUUUGAAAAUAUUUUUGUGUGCGUGCGUGCGUGUGUAAACUGAAAAUAUGAUUUUUUUUUUCCCUGUGAAGCAUGAGGGUGUUUACUAAAAUGUGUACUGUAGCCUGGUCUGUCACAGUUGUAUGUUUUUAUCAUUGCGGUUUGUGAUGAGUGUCUCCAUCCACCUUGGACCCGCCCCGAUACGGUAUUAGCCCCGGCUCUUGCUUCAAGAGCAGUGUUCAGUCAACCUGGUAUCAUUUCCAAGAAUAGGAGGCAAAGUACUCAUCUUGGCUCGCUCGUAAGAUCACAGAAAAAUCCCUUUCAUUCAGAGCCAUGUUAACUCUUGUCUAGAGCAUUGGUGCUCCGAAAUGGUCCCCGAUUCCAUCUGAACCCAGUAAGCCACCGCUGACGCUAUUCACAGCUGCCAGAUUCCCUUAUUUCACACAAGUGGCCCUUAUUUUCUGAGUUGGGUUGUCACGAGGGCUUCUGUGCUCUGCUGCAUUUCAAUGGGCAUCAUUGGUAAUCCCAUUGGUCGUCAAGUAGAAAUUCUGCUUGACUAAAAAUUCACUGUCGGGGGGGUGCGGGGGGGGGUAUAAUCUUGAUGUUCAGGACAAAUGGACCCAGAAUUCUGAACCGAGAAGCUCAGACGAGGUACAGGAAAAUGACCUUGUCGCUAAUGGCUUUCUUUCAACAUAGCCAAAUGAUUAGCCUCUGAACAGUGAUUGAUUAGAUUGAUUAUGUAUCAGGAAAUGUGUUACCAUGGCACCAAACAAAAUUUCUGUCUUUGUUGUUUUCUGUUCUUGGUCAGCAAAUCGGCUUUGUUUUUAGUGAAGGGGUCGUCGAUAUUACUCUGUUUUUUUUUUUUUUGUGUAACUCGGCUCGGGAUGUCCAGGUCACCUUUGCUUUAAAAUCCCUGUUGACUGUUGGGAGUUUGAACAGUUUGCUGUUUCAUAUCUUAGUUUGAAGAUAUGAAACAGUAGCUCUGUUCUGUGUAAGACUUGGAGCAGGACACCGUCCCUGUCGAUGUCUCUCUGGAAUUCUUUAGGAACUCUCACUUAAACUUUCAGUUUGAUUUUUUUUUUUUUUUUUUUUUUUGCUGCUUGUAUUUCUUACAGUUCAUCUGGAAUGUGCAUCGUCGCUUGCUCACAACAUUUGGGAGUGGUGUGAAACUGAUCAUCUCGUACAAGUUGGUUCAUUUGUUUUUUUUUAAACAUUCCUAAUCGGAGGUGUGUGUGCGUGUUCGUGCGUGCAUGCGUGCGUGCGUGCGUGCGUGUUUGCAUCGUUUGCUCCUGAGAGGCUUGCAUUUAGAUUUUGAGCAUUAUAAGAAUAUGAUGACAUGAUCACUACCAUGUUGCAGCAUGGCGUUCCCUGUUGAAAGCCUGUCAGCAUGGCUAUACGGGUUACACUGCAUCAGUUUUUAGCCGUUAGCUGAAGAGAAAGAAGCGGUAUUUUGCCCACAAGGGUACUUCUUGGAAAUCGGCCCACUUCAGAAAUGCUACGCAAAUGAGUUCAACUUGGAAGCAGCGAUUGUGUGAAUGGCUAUGCAAGACUGUCUAGGAUGUCAGUAAGUAACCUUUAGAUGUGUAUUCCAUUAUUCCAAGAGUUACGGGAAUUUUGUAGAUGACAGACCUUGGCUUUGUGUGAAUUGUCUCAUUGCUUUCCUUGUCAUUUCUCCUCGACAACUUGUGCAAAAGUCUGUGGAGGGGAGAGAAUACCCCGGUGCAAGAGAAAGGGAAACGUUGGAUUUAUGUUAAAUAUGUGCAUCUGCAUUUGGUCCCCCAACAGUGUCUUGGCGUGUAAAUUGUCACCUCUCGUAUGGUUUAUAACAGAACCGAGACUCUAAGAUGCUAUUGAAAACGGGGCCCUGUGUGCAGCCCUGGGCUUCAGUGACUGGUUGGUCCCCUAUGUACAAUAUAUGUUAAUGUGGUGAUGUUAAAAAAGAAAUUAUUCAUCGUUUUGACAUCGUGUAUGAUAAAAAUUGAUCCUCCUAGCUACAUAAAUGUCCUUGAAAGAAUAAAAGAUU